ACGGUCUCAGCAGCGGCCCGCGGGGACCAGGUGUCCCGGGCGUGCCAAGAUGCAGUCGGGGCUCUGGCUCCUCCUGGCCGCGCAGCUCGCAGCUCUACAUGGCAGCUCAGUGCUCCAGCAGGCCCCUGGGUCCAUACUGGUUCAGACCAACCAGAUGGUGAUAAUGUCCUGUGAAGCCAAAACCUCCCCCAUGAGCACACGCAUCUACUGGCUGAGACGGCGCCAAGCUCCAAGCCCGCACAGUCACCACGAGUUCCUGGCCUUAUGGGAUUCCAAAAAAGGGAUUGUGUAUGGCCAAAAUGUGGAGCAAGAGAAGCUAACUGUGUUUACGGAUGCAGUGCGGUCCAUUCUCAAUCUCACAAGAGUGAAACCUGCAGACAGUGGCAUCUACUUCUGCAUGACCAUCGGAACCCCUGAGCUGACCUUCGGGAAGGGAACUCAGCUGAGUGUGGUUGAUGUCCUUCCCACCACUGCCCCGCCCACCAAGAAGCCCACCCCCAAGAAGAAAGUGUGCCGGUCCCCAAACCCUGUGACCCAGAAGGGCCCCUCCUGUGGCCCCCUCACCCUCGGCCUUCUGGUGGCCGGAGUCCUGUUUCUGCUGGUGUCCUUGGGAGUGGCCAUCCACCUACACUGCCUACAGAGGAGAGCCCGGCUUCGCCUCCUGAAACAGUUUUAUAAAUGAGCAAAAAAUAUGCUUUCGGGGUCCUGCUACAAAAAUACGUGUGGUCAGUAAUGAGCGAGAUCUGGAAAAAUGAGAGAGAAGAGCCACGCUCAACUCACUCCACUGUGGAAAUUUCACUGGCCUGCUGAAGUUGCCUGCUUUUAACUAUUGCAAGUUCUUUCUGUGGGCCUCACGCGUGGGAGCAACGUGUUAGUUGGUCAUCGGGAGCCACAGCGAGAAGGCUUCAGAGCCCCCGAACACUUCCUGCAACUCGGGGGCACACUGGAGGAUGCUGCCAUGACACCACUUCCAGCUCCCACACUCCCCCUGGGCUGGGCUGGGACCUUUGUGUUGGCCAUCCAGCCCCUGUCUCGAAAGUUGCUUUGCCCUGGUAGGGCACUGACGUGGAGUCCUGAGUCUCUCAUGGGAUGGCAAUGGGCUGGCUCCUCCUUGGUCUUCCCAGGCUGGGGCUGACUGCCCUCACCGACAGCCCCAGAGACCAGACCCAGCUUUGAAACCAGCUUUCUGUGAAGGGCUGACCUGACUUCCAUAGUGAUUUCAGUCUCUGGGGAUGUCCUUUUGGGGCUGGGGACUUGUGGCUUUGAGAAUGGGAAGUCACUUUAUCUCCUAUUAGGAAUUUCCCCAGCUUUCACUUCUGCCCUCCCAUGGCUUGUAUAUUUCUCUCACUUUCUGUUCUUUUUAUCAAAAUGUCUUGGUUGGAAAAAUAA